CCUGCCUUAUUCGAUGGCUUGCAGGACAGUGUAGUUAUUGUUGCCAAUCUUGAAGAAGAUCAGCUAGAUAAUAACCCAACAGAGGCUAUGGCUGACGAUUGCAAUGACCCUCGACCAAACAAUGAAAGGAAAACUCUCGGUGACUGUUCCACUAUACAUCGCAUUGCUCCAAUGGAAGGCACCAUUGGAAAACGAGGUGAUAAGGCCCCUUAUGAGACAAGGCGCAGAAGUGUUCUGGUUGGUUAGGGUUUCUAUUCUUGCCAAAAGAAAUUAAAGUAUGUUCGUUAUUAGUCAUCAACUCGUGUCUUGUUUUAUUUCAAGUCAAAAACACGCAUUAGGAAAUCUUUUCUGCCACGAGAGAUAGGGGUCAUACAGUGGUAAUUGCGCUCUAAUCUUUCACCUUACAAACCUUAAGAAUAUAAUCUAUAAACUCCCAACACGUUACAUGUUACCCGCAACAGUUCUCUUAACGUAAUAUGCUGAAAUCGGGUUGAAAUUAGUACGGCACUGAUUUGCAUUUAAAUAAAACUAGCAUUUCUUGGGAGGCUCAUUUAUUUCUCAGGAAGUAAAUUUGUCAUAAUAUAUUUCCUUGCUGCUUCCCCUACUUAUGCUACCCAGAAAUUAAACAACAACAACAAGAUCAUAGGAAUAGAUCCUUCGGUAUUUUCUUUCACUUGCAAACGCGACCUGUUCCCUACUUACUGUUUACAUUUUGUCGCAAAAGUGUACUACAUGUUCGUAGUAAACGCAUCCGUUGCUAUAAAUUCGAAACUAAUCGAUGAGUUGUAGGGCCUUGCAUGUGAUGUUUAGAGAAAUGUCAGAUAUCAAAAAAUGUAAACUAGGUGUUUGGCAAAAAUCGUAAUAAACCACAGCUUCCUUUAAAAUAAUUUCAAAUUAAAAAAAGUGUUUCAAAUCUUUUUAAAAAAUCAAGAAUAUCGUUCUCAAAGUUUUAGUUGAGUGAUGGCCUUUCGUCGUUAUGCUCAUUUAAAUCAGCGUAUAUGCUGUAAACAGGUUCGCCUAAAUUUUCUUCACUUCGGCGGUUCCUGUUUUUUCGUUGUUUUCCUUCAAAACAUACUUGAAAAAGCUACUUAAAAUAAGAAGGUCUAACAUUAUCUGCGAUACCAAAAAUUUAGGUCAGUUCUGCUCUUUCUAAAGCUCCUCAGGUUUCUCCAAAGAAAUCCACAUGGAGCCUCAACUCAUCCAACAAAGUGUUCGUUUAGAAAUUAAAAAGCCCGUUUAUUCAAUUACACCGAAGUACGUGUGGGGAAUGACAUUGAUAGCGUGAGAAAUAUAUAAAUAUUUUUUUCUUCCAUUAACUUUCUUGCCUGGUUUACUAUACUGUACUUUCCAGGGGCUGUCACAUUAAAACACGAAAAGUAAAAUUAACAAAAACUGCUAAAACUGGACUUACGCUUUUCUUUUAUUGCUAUCUUUGAGAUUGUCACUAUUUUUGUCGGUAUUUUUUUCGCUCAUAAAUUGAACAAAAACCGCUUUGCUAUUGUUUUAUAUUACAAAGUACUUUUGCUUUGUUAAUUAUUUCUGGACUCAGAUUAAUAUUUAUAUUCAUUAUUUGGGUUUGUUUCUUAGGAAGCUCUUCCUAAUUGAAAAGAAUGUUGACGGUGUAUCUUCAUAAUUGACAACAUUCAUAAGCACAAAGUACUUGUCAACGAUGUAAAAUUUUUAAAGGCUUCUUAAUUUUUUUGGAUCAUCCUCUCAGCAAAUGAGAUUCUAACAAGAUUUUCUGACUCUUCGUCACACUGCACGUUAAGUAUUUUUUAUCAUUACACAGAAAAUCAAUGUGAAAGGUGAGAGGUAAGAAUGUAACAGUCCAGUUUUAUUAAGGUGCAAGGCUUGUUGUUCUUAACUUGUCGGAGCAAUGUUGAUGAGAAAGCAGACCAGCCAAACAUUAAGUCACAAAGCUUGAAACAAUAUUUUGUCUAUUCUGCCAUUCGCCUCGGUUUAUCAGCCUCUUCAUCCCCUCAAAAAGAAAUUUUCUUCAAAAGAAGACUGUAGUAUUGGUAAAACAGUUCAAUUAUCGCACCAAAAACCUACCGCUAGUUCACUGAGUUCUACUGGCGAAACGGUGAAGGAGGGAAACGUACUUGAGCAGUGGGCUAUAUUUCUAUCUUUUAUUUGUUUGUAUCUGGAUCCAUUGUUUAAAAUCUUUUUGACUGAUGGUGUCAUAUUGAAGCCCUUAGCCUGUGGGUAAAUUUACGAUUACCUUUACGCUUUAUAUUCAAAGAGUUACAUUAAGGUUGAAGCUUUUUUAAACAGCAAAGUGUGUAUUUAGGUCUAUCAAUACCAGUUUGGUAAGAGACAGAAACUACAAUAACAUGUUCACGUGCAUUAUAUAAUGUAAGGAAAAAGGCCCAAGCAAACAAAUGACCACUCAUAUUGUCAAAACAUCAAAACUGUCUAAGCCAAAUACAUCGUGAAUGGGAACGACAUAAGCUGAUAUACAAAAUGAUUUAAUUACUAGAGGUGUCCAUAUAUAUAUAUAUAAAAUUUACAAAAUCGUGAGGAAUAAGAAGAGCGAUAUAUGCAACUGAGUCUCAAUCUGAGUGAGAGAAAUUUGUACAAGGAUUAAGCCCAUCAUUGUGAAGGUGCGACUAAACAAACUCUUUAUCAUUAGAGAAAGUAGAACUCUUGGGCGCGGCAGGUAGAAAUGAGAAAGACUUGAAGAUAAAGAUACCCCAAAAUGACGCAUAUAAUCUACCUAAGAACAUCCCUGCGUUAGGAUCAGCACUCUUUACCUAACAGUUUAUUCGCUUGCUAAGUUAAUAAUAAUAAUAAUAAUAAUAAUAAUAAUAAUAAUAAUGGAAUUUAUAUAGCGCUUAUACAUCACUGUUCUAAGCGCUUUACAAUGUAAAAAAGGACACAAGAAUAUCAUUAAUCACAAGCUUACAUAUAACACUACUGUACAUAUUGGGAAAUGUAUAGCAUACACAUCUUAAAAAGGAAAGAAAACAAAUAUGAUGAAACUAAAUGUCAUAUACCUUUUUAAAAAGAAACGUUUUCAACUUAGAUUUAAAAAGAUUAACAUCAGAACAAGCUCGAAUUUCAAAGGGGAGCUUGUUCCAUAGUCGGGGGGCAACAACAGAAAACGCUAGCUGGCCAUAAGUUUUCAUGUUAAAAUUUGGUUCUUCAAGGCGUAAAUGGUCCCUUGAUGACCGUGAUGUCCUUGAUUGAUGGUAAAAAUUUAAAAUAUCUUCAAGUUAACGGCAACCGGAGUCAUUCACUGUUUUAAAAGUUAUUAAAUUUAUUUUAAAAACAAUUCUCUCCUCAACAGGAAGUCAGUGAAGAUCUCUUAAAGUCUCGGUGAUGUGAUCUUACAACGAGUUCCCUCCAUCGCAAAUAGACUCGUGACGGAAAAAUGAAGCUCUUAGCUGCAAUGGCGGGAGAGUCAAAUACAAAACUUUUAAUCAACGGAAUCAAUAAAGUCAUUUUUUCCGGUAAAAAGAUUAAAAAGCUGACGUGUCGAGUGCUAGCCCUUCUUCGCUUAAAAAAACUUCAGCUUUGUAAUUUUUUAAAUUAUCAAUUUUAUAAAACAUUCGUGACAGAAAAGCUUUGUAGAUUUUCGUAAGCUGGAGGCUUUCUAAAUGACAAACGAGGUUAACAAAACUGUCUGCUUCGUUAGCCUGAUCACCCUUAACCUACAACAAUUCAUGUCCAAACGCCUACAUAACAGGUCUUCAAAAAGAUUAUUCAAAAAGCUGGGAAGCACAGUGAAACUUUGCACCUUUUUUGUUAUUCUAAUUACAAACAAUGUAGAAAUUGUGGAAACAACACAUGUUUUAAUUACUUUAAUAAGAGACUCCUUUGCGUUUUCACAUAAACCUUGUACGCUAAGAAAUACAGUAUACAUGAUUUCACACCGUUAAUAAUUCAGUCUCUCACCAGUAUUCCCAAACGGUGAAUUUCACGGGCUUCAGUUAUUAAACAAAAACAGUGGGUGGCAAAUGGCAAAUUCGAGAACACGAGACGAACGGCACUGACUAGCGAAUGCUCUGUGCGGGGAGUCCUUCCAGAAAAAAUAAAUUAUUCUAACUAAAUAAUGAGUUCAAUACCUUAUCUAUGUUCUCUGCAUGAAAUCUCAUAGCAGCUGUGCACUUGUAAAUUUCUUCCCAAUUUAAUAAAAGUAAUGAAAAAAAAAACGCAUUUUGGUGACAGACUUCGAGGUUUGCAAUUUUCCUGAAUAUUUAAAAAAGGGCAGUUGUCCCAAUUUAACAAAAGGUGAGUGGUGCCAAUUUAAUAAAAGCAGCGCAGCAAGAUGGAGAAAGUUAUCUUAUGCAUGGUACUAUUUGACCCGAGGUAAGGUUUAGAGUGGUCUUACGCUGACGACGAAAUGUCGGACUCACUGGCAAUCAAAAUAGAAAUGUGGUCAGCUGACACCGGCGGUUAAAGGAAUCAAAGCAGAACCGCUAGAACAAAAGUUAAAAACGUUAGAACAAAGGUUAGAAAGAGGGAAAAGUUAGAAACGCUGCCGCGAAAAAAGUUAGAAAAGCGAGAACAAAGGUUAGAAAGAAAGUACGGUUAGGAACGGUAUAACAAUAAUUAGAAACGCUAGAACAAAAGUUAAAAAGAAAAAAUUUAGAAACGCUAAAACAAAGUUACAAAUGCUAGAACAAAGGUUAGAAAGAAAGAAAAGGUAGAAACGCUAGAGAAAAAGGUAGAAGCCCUUUGACCAGUUUGGAAAUAUAAAAGUGAGCAAUUUUUCCAGAGAAAAUUCUAACAGAUACCUCUUCCGUCUCAGUCCACUGGAAAAUAAACAUCUUGAAGGUAUGGAAAAAAAGGGAAAAAAUAGAUUAAAAGAGCACUACAUUCAGUUUCCCCAACGAUUAAAUCGAGACGAAAGCGGACAGUAUUGGAAAUCAUUAAAUUCAAUUAUCAGCACUGUUAACAGUAGAUAUGAUGAGCAUUCCUCUCACAAAUUACCAAACCAUAGCACGUAGCAUUACGAUCUUUUUCUGGCAGACCGACAGACGCCAAAAAUGAGGGAACUUCUUUAACACUUCUGUUAAUGUUUCUACAUAAUCAUUCCAUAGUUUUAAUGAACAGUUCUGGCAAUAACAGUCCUCUUUAGAAAUUCUACACGAGUUGGAAAAUUCUGCACGAAGAAAUCAGGUGACUUUCGAAUUUUCAUAUUUCAAAUAAGAGAAUGUCUUUUUGUACGCCUUAAUCUCAUUAACCUACCGUUAACAGUUUUGAAGAGGAAACGAAUUUACAGUUUUGGCGUUAAAAAGAAAUGUUUAUUUGUAAAAAGUAAUUUCAUCAAUGGGCACAUAAUGUAACAACAAACCAAAACAAACAGAGAACUUAGCAAUAAUUACUUCUCAACGCAAAAAAUUAUCUGAAACUUUUGUGUAACGUUUUUACAGUUCUAUUGCCCUUGCACAGGUUAUUUUAAGACUUCUCCCUAGUGAAUCUGUCGGUUAAAACGCCUUGUCCCUGUUAUAAUACAGAAAGAGUCGAUAAAGUUAAGCGACACUAAUUGUACAAUCAAUCGGCAAAGAUACAUUACAAAACGAUCUAUUUCAAAGUCCUACAUCCCAGUAAGAGAGUAUUUUUUUAUCUACAAAUGAUGAUUUUCACAUUAUUUAAUGAUAACAUAAGGAUACGCGGGUACUUUCCGGGAAUCACCCACUGACGCUGCCAUAUAUUAUUCUACAAAAUAUCCCGGGUACUGAAGGCGAGAUUUUUGGUGCAACGAGUGCAGUAAUCAACCAGUUUCUGAAUGGUCCUAUAUAGGAACAGAGUAUUAUUACUAGAAAAGGAAACUUUGAUUCUACAUAUCCCCUUUUUUUGUUGUGGUUUCUUAAACAGUUUAUUUUUAAGUAUGAUUCAACAGUACUGAUGCAAAGCCGUAUUAUGAUUAUACUCCUUUGUUUUGUCUUCAUUUCAACGUCUCCAAAUAAGUUUAAUCAGUUUCUGUGCUUAUAACGGACUAAUCACUAGAUGUGGAAAACCAAUAAUCACAUAUUUGCUUGUGAAAAGACUACAUUGCACGACAGGUUUUUUUGUUUCCCGAUUUCCUUUAGUCCGUCUCCGAACGUUAUUAAAUAUACCUGUAAAUAUACUAAGCUAUAAGAAGAAAUAGAACGUUUAAGUCAGGUCUUUGAGAAAAUUUACGUUUCUUACCUCCUAUUGAUUUUAUCGUAUCCGGAAUUGCAUCUUUUUAAAGUGUUAAUGAGGCCCUUUAUUGGGUAAAUAUCUUGUUUCAAUGCAAAAAAAGUGAACUCAUUAUAAGAGAAAAGUAAAUUUCAAAGAAAGAGUUCUUUUAUAAAUUACUGAAUCGUAUGAUUACGUCUCGACAGUUCAGACUACAGGCAAAGUGACACACACGAAUUUUGUAUCAGAGACUAGAUCUGAUAUAUUAUAAUUAAACAGCUGGGAAAGAGAAACAAUUUCCCGUGAACAGUGUUAAGUUUAUUGCCUAGUACGUCAAGCAGUAUAGACUUAUGCUGGGGUAUAUUGCAUCAUCUUCUUAUGAUAUCCCUUUCCAUUUGGCAGACAUUUUCCUCGAUAGUUAACGAUCAAUAUUGAGUUGGGAAAAAUACACGACUAAGAUCUGGAUUAAAAGCGGUAAGUUUAUAUAAAGCAGAUACCAAGCACUUAAAAUUUUGCACGACUUCAAAUUUGUGUAGUCACAAAAAACAGUAUUUUAAAAGUAAUAAGCAUUUAAUGGAAAUAUUAAACUUGUCAAUCGUUUGCUUUAAAGUUUCGGCAACUAACCCGCACCACACAAACCUUGAAAUUGGUAUCAAUUUUUCCUAAUAAUUCCUCCGUAACAUCUACGUUGUUUGUAUAAUUCCCUGGUUGAGUCUUCAUCGCGCCUGAAUUGAGAAAAAGUCAUUAAACUUAAUAAUCAGUAUUAUGACUUAUAUGCAUCAGCAACAUUUAAAGUGUUUUCUCUCUGAUACUGACCAUCGGUUGAAAACGAAACAAAUAACUCACAGACGUACUAAUAUGCUCUUCUGAAUGCCGGUAUUGUCUUGUUUUCGCUGAAAUGAUAAAGCUUUCUUCAUGUGUGCAAGCAGGAACCACACUUGACGGCCACCUUCUUAACGCCAAUGUCUACAGUGAGUGAAAAGUUUAUAACUUUUUGACACCCGUCUCAUCUCAGUAACAGGUCUGUAACUCUUGAAGUAUGUUUAACAAGUUUUAUAGGUUUUUUUGCCCAGAGAGAGAGAGAGAUAAACCAGUCGUUUAAGUGGUAUUUCUCAGAGCUUCCGCACAGAAGCGAUAAAAAUGCAAAGCAGUGAGGGUAGAAUCUGCGCGCGUUAUCUGGCCAUUAUAAAGACGAAGUUGCGCGAGUUAUUCGGUCGCUACAAUUUCUACUUUUUAACUUGGCAAGUAUCUUCUUAGAAUCGCCUUCCAACUAUCAUAUCACGUAUAAUGUUUUCCAAUGUUUUACUGUCGUCAUAAGCGCCGCUUACAAUAUAUUUUGGUACUUUACUCAUAAGCCUGUCAAACCGGUGUAGCACUAAAACAAAUCGCUGGCAUAGUUGCAUGUUUUGUUAGUGUAUAGUCAGUGUGUAGUCACACGAGCCAAAGAACUUACCCUAUUUACUGGCAAAAAUGAUGAUUACCUCUCUGCUACGAAAAUGCAACUUUCGGAGGCCAAAUGACGAUGUUAUCAGCCAAAACGCUUUUUCAAUUCCUUCUUUUGAACGAAUAUUAGGCCUUUUAACAUUUUGAGGGCAAUUUUCACGCUUGUAAGUAGUUUCAGAAAAUACCGAAGGGAAAAGAUGAAAACGACGCUGAAUCAAUAUCUGCAAAAAAAUUUCAAGUGGGUUUGAAAGACUUUCCCGCUGUUGACCUAUGGAUAACGUUUCUUUUUUAGUUCCACCCCAAAAAGGACUGGUCGACACGCAAGUGUACUUGAGUUCAAGUGCUUUUGAAAUGCAGUUUAGAUUUAGCUUUUUGUAUAUAAAGGGUUCGUACUGCUAACUACUUCCUUCGUGGGAGAAUAGUAUUAUAUUGUGUUGUUUAAAACAUGAAAAGAACUUUGAGUUAUUUUAGGCCGGGUAGGCACGAUUUCUUGCAAGUUCUCAUACGUUGAAAUGAGCGACUUUCUCCUGCUAUAAGCGUUUUACGUUUAGCUUGAGGUUAAAUAUCUCUGCACAGUUUCAUACAGAGUCCAGUGAUUUUUUCAGAACUGGUGACUCGGAAUAACUAAAGUAUUUGUUACGGAAGCUUAAACGAUUAACGGUCUAGUGGGUAAUGGUGUGUUAACGAAGAACUGCUGGUUAUUUUUCCGACCACACAACCAAAAGCAAUGAUAAAUUUACCUUAUAAAUGUAUUGUUAUAGAUACUUGAACAAUCUUUGUAACUGGAGAAAUAAACAUCAUUCGUCAGUUUCUCGCGCGUUGCACAGAAGAAUGACUGACACUACGAUAAUUAGCGCGCCGUUUCGAUUGGUUAAGUAUAGUUUCGAGUCAGAAGGGUUUUAGCCUUUCUUGAGGGCGACCUUACGCCCGCUCUCUGCAGUUUUUCGGUUUUUGGAGUCGCGGUUUAUGGUGCCUGGUGACUUGAUUCCGAAAGAGAUCAGUUUGGUUUAAUUUUAAGGAGACACGUGGCAGUAUUCCAGAGAAGGAACACUUUUUACUUCAUACAUUAGUUUCCAAUGAAAAAUUCAAAUCACCUAACAAAUCAGUAGUUCUUUAUUUACAACAACUUAUUACAAGCAAACAAAACACUGAAAUAAGCCAUGAACAUGAAGACUACCUCGACUGA